AUUUUACGAUUUUAGGCUUCUCUUCUAUAAUUUGCGCCCCCGUUGGAGUUUAUCGGAGCUCUGAGUUUCCGAUCCCACAAGCGCCAAGGUUCAGAUUAGCCCUUCGUUUUCUCUCUUUCUCUCUAAAAUGGGGUUCUUCUCUUUCCUUGGAAGGGUCCUCUUUGCCUCGCUGUUCAUCCUCUCCGCCUGGCAAAUGUUCAAUGAAUUUGGCACUGAUGGUGGACCUGCUGCAAAGGAACUCAUUCCGAAGAUGUACACUCUUAGGAGAAACGUCUCCGCUCGAUUUGGAUUCUACCUACCCGUUAUCGACGUUUCCCAUUUAGUUGCUGCGUUUUUGUCUCUUAAAGGCAUUGGUGGCCUUCUCUUUGUAUUUGGGAGUCCAAUUGGAGCUUAUCUUCUGCUUCUCUACUUGGCCAUUAGUACACCAAUUCUGUAUGAUUUUUUCAACUAUGGUCGUGACAAGUCCCAAUUCAGUAUACUAAUGAAUGAUUUCUUACUGCACGUGGCACUUGCUGGUGCAUUGCUCUUCUUCAUUGGAACGAAGAACUCGAUUUCGAGGAGGCAACAGAAGAAGAAGGCACACAAAGCCAAAACGAACUAGAAAUGUAAGACAAGCCAUUUCUUUAACUCGAAAUCGUACCAUUCCUUUCCAUUCCCUUCACUCGGGUUGGGGCUCGGAUCGAAAAGCGUCUUAUUUAAUAAUCCUUUUUGUGAUGAUAGAUUUACUCAUUUAGGAAUUUCAGUUCUCUAUUGACUGUCGAAUGUUGUUGUUGGAGUUCAUUACAGUCAAAUGUGAAGGGAUUUAGACACAUGUUCUUCUCCAUUCAAACUGUUUGCAGAGGAUUAGAAUCUUUUAUUCAAUUAACCUUAUUUGUAGAACUAUAUGUUGAUGUGCA